AUGAAACGUGGACACGACCACAUGUUUAAACUGCUCAUACUUGGCGACAGCGGAGUUGGAAAAUCGUCCCUCUUGAUGCGUUUGUCGGAUAAUAGUUUUUCCCCUACAUUUGUUACAACGAUUGGCGUUGAUUUAAAGCUACGAACAAUGGAAGUCAACGGAGAGCGCGUGAAGGUGCAAAUCUGGGAUACGGCUGGACAGGAGCGAUUCAGAACCAUAACCAGCACAUAUUAUCGAGGAACGCACGGAGUCUUAAUUGUGUACGAUGUUACAAACGGGGAAUCAUUCGCGAAUAUCAAACGGUGGCUGCACGAAAUUGAUUCCAACUGUGAUUUGGUGAGUAAAGUGCUCGUUGGGAACAAAAACGACGAACCAAGCUGUAAGGUGGUACUUACCGAGGACGCCCAACGAUUCGCCAAUCAAAUGGACAUUCGGUUGUUUGAAACAUCAGCCAAAAACAAUGAUAACGUCGAAGAGAUGUUUGCUGCCAUUGUUGAACAAGUACUGGAGCAUAAGAAACGAACCCAACAGCAAUUACAAGCUGAAUUAUCUCCAUCUGUACAGCUUCGCGAAAAAGAUAUCUCAAAGAAAAAGAAUAAUUGCUGUUAA